AUGCCUUCAACUCAAACCACAUACCACGAGUGGUCAGAAUUCGAGCUUCAUACGAUGCUCUGUCUGAUCGCCCGAGGCGUCCAUCUGGAGCAACAUCCCGAAAAUCUUACCGAUGCCCCUACCGUAGUCAGCCACAAUGCCUACGAGAGAUUCUACACUGCCCUCAACACUGCCCUCCAUGGCCAAGAAUACAGCAAGGACAUUCCCAAGAAGGAGGUCAUCCGUGUUCUGGACCAGAUGCUGAAGGAUCGCAAAGGUGUCGUUGGCAAGGGAGGUUUGGUCGAGCGACAGUUGGUCAGAAGAGUCACUCGAACAUUGACAUAUGCUUGGAACCGUCUUUCAAAUACCGAUUACGAUGGCAGCCUGACCGAGUGGAACCAGGGUAGGAAGGAGAAGGUGUUGCUCGAGUAUGAAAAUCAGAGAAGAUCAGGUCAGGUGCCCACUAGGGCUGAUGAGACUAAUACUGCGAUGGUUGACACUAUUGCUUUUGAGCAAGCUGUCACUUCGAGCCACGCAGCAAAGGCAGUCCGCUCAGUUCCAAGAACCGUUCAAUCUGGCAGCAAGAAGUACCUCAAUGCCAGCCAAAUCCCAACCGUCGGAAAUACAGUUCUCAACAAGGCCAAUCCCAAUACCUUCGCGGUGCAACCUACCUCGAGAAGUCUUCGCAAGUACGGCAUCAAUGAUCUGACCAUAAUCCCCGGAAGAGGUGGUUAUGCUCGUUCCGAGUCCUCUGCACCCAAGCAAAAGAGAGCUGGUCGCCGUACUCGUAUUGUUUCUUCGGAGUAUGCCCACUCUAAGGACUCUGGCACCCGAACUCCUGCUCGCGUGCCGCUUCCCUGCGAGGAAGAUCGUCUAGCAGGUGUCUCGGGCGGAGCAGUUAAUUCCUACAGCACAGCGGCUGUCACGAGCACUGCACACCAAGAGCCAAGCGCUGCAGGAAACCAAGUUGAUCAACGAUACCGCCCUGUUGCUAACUUUACAAAUAACGGCAUGACAAGCAACCGAUCUGGUCCUGGUCUCAGCGAUGCGGCCUCCGGUAUGUACGCUGGUGCCGAGACUACAGCAAUUUCACCGUCCUUGAACACCUACAUUGGGUCUCCAGACAAGUUCGACACUGCCAGCGCUGCUAUCAAGACUCAGCCCGAGGUCGAAUAUCAGAACGACCUUGCGGGUAAUGGUGGCUAUGCUGACUUCAUGGCUGCCAGAGCUAACAUGGACGAUCUUGAGGCUGAUCUUGAAGCGGAUCUUGAAGCUGAUUAUGAAGCCUAUGCUGCUGCUACGAUGGAGUUUGAUGGGUCUGAAGAUGAGUAA